UCCACAGUUUAUUUCAUUUGCACUUAAAUAUUACACAUUUAUACGUUUAUCCUCCUUGCUGUCAAUAAUCAGCAUCAAAAUAAAAUUCCUUUGCCAAAUUUGCAAUAAUUUUCAUUUAUAAAAAUAAAGUGUCAAACCCUACAACAUGAAAACAAUAACAAUAAAUGAACCGAUAAAUCUUAAAGUCGUGAGUUAUGAGUUAGAUUUCUCUACUUUGUUUACGCCACGGGAAAGGAAGCAGAAAAAGAAAGACAUCAAAAUACCGAAUAUUAGGCUACCGAAAAAGCACUACACAAUUCCUUCACCUCCAGUUAUUAAAAAUAAACAACAGAGCAGAGAUGUAAAAAGCCUUGUGGAAGAACUAUUAGACGACAUAUAUGCAGAUCGACGCGAAUGGUCUCACAAUAGUGAUGUUACAUAUAGCCAUGGAUCAACUACAGCCCCAUCUUUUUCAUCGUCUCAAUCAAAUUAUGGAGAGCAGACGGAUGCCAUAGAACGAAGUUAUUUGGAAUCAUUGCAAAUUAAUGAACUGCACUAUCAAAUUCAAGAAUGGGGGAACAAUUUACAAUCGGCAGGCGCACGGCUUGCAAAGUGCUUGCGAACACGAGAUCGUCUGAAACGCCAGCAAAAGAAGCUUUGUGCGGCUUUCACAAUACUCUUGCGGCAUAUAACUGGCGACACAAAUGCCCGGUUCGGCGUGACGCCAGGGAACGAAGGCCCAGGAGAGGGAGGCUUCGGAGAAUGGCUGCAUGCGAUGCGGCUCGUCGCUCGGCUCCCGGCUGGAGUGCCGCAACAUUUUCGCAGAAGAUUAUGGCUAACAUUAGCAGAGCGUCACCUAAGUUCAAGGAACAUAGACUGGCCUGUUGCGGAACGCGCCUGUUUCAAAGGCACAGCCCUACCUGACGACGCCGAAUUGAGUGCUCAAAUACUUAAGGAUCUUCAUCGUACGGGCUGCUCCCUGUUCUGUGGUACAGAAGGACGCGAAAAUCAAGCGAUGCUGCGUCGGGUUUUACUUGCAUAUGCACGAUGGAACAAAGAUGUGGGUUAUUGUCAAGGAUUCAAUAUGAUGGCUGCUAUAAUUUUAGAAGUAAUGGAAAAGUCCGAGUCGGAUUCUUUAAAAGUGAUGAUAUACUUAGUGGAGGCUGUGUUACCAGAGGGAUAUUUCGCAGAUGACUUGCGUGGUCUGUCUGCAGAUAUGGCUGCGUUUCGGGACUUGCUUCGGUUAAGGCUACCGCGACUGGCACAUCAUAUGGACUAUUUGCAAAAAAUAUCUGACGGGGGUGGCGUAGAGCCGCCUUUGCCAGACGUUUUCACCAUGCAGUGGUUCCUAACGCUCUAUGCCACGUGGUUGCCUCGAGAAGCCCUCCUCAGGAUAUGGGACUUGAUUCUACUUGAUGGAAAUGAGAUCCUUCUCUUGACAGCUCUUGCAAUUUGGGAUAUGUUACAGGACCGAAUACUAUCAGCUCGAUCUGCGGACGAGUUCUACAGCUGUAUGGGAGGUGGCGCCAGUACGAUCUGGGAAGCGAGUGACGCUCUAGUCGCUCGUGUAGUCUCACUGAACUCAGCACCUGAAUUACCGGGCUUAAGGAAUCUACAUCGGUACAGAGUUACUCCUCCGGCACCACCUAACGCCCCUACUUCUCAUCCACCUUUACAAUCUGCGAUGCAAUCGAUGACGAAACGAGGUUUACGUUUGUUUUAUUCUGAGGAUGAGGGCGAUUCUAGUGAUGAUGGCAAUAAAUUAGCCCUCGCUACGGUAAUACCUCGACGAGAAAAUCGAUCAGGGACAGGGGAUAGAUUAACCUUAGAUAUUGGAGCAUUGAAAAGACAAUAUGCCCGACUUCGCGAACGCCAAAGACAAGCACACGUCAUAUUAGCAGCUGCGUGUGCCCGUCAUGCUGCAGUUGGUGUACCCACAUCGCCCACAUCACUUACUGUAAACAACUUACUUCUUGGAAAGAGUGCAAUAGUAAGUUCUAGAGGGAGGCGACUUGGUCCCCCUCCUGGUGCUGUACCACCAACUCGCCAAAGCUCAACCAGUUAUGAAAAAAAUACUUCACAUACCCGUGCACCUUCCAAUGAAACAAUUAGUUGGACAGAAGUAAAAUCACGUAAGACAUUAGAUAGACGAAAUUCAGUAAAAUGGAAAGACAUAAAAAAAGAAAAGACUUUAGAAUUAGUUAGGAAGCCAUCUAUAGAUUUAGAUGAAACUGGAGAUGGUAUUAUUGUAUCGGAAUUAGAGGCAAAUGCAAUGAUUGCUUCAAUUCGUUCUCGUAGUUCUAGUGAAUCUUCAUCAUAUUCCUCACAUUCUGGUUCUAGUACGGAUACUAGUCUGUGCGAUGAAAACGAAGGCGCAAGCGAAUCUGAAGCGGAAGUGGUUGAUGAUGAUAAAGAAAAUGAAAAAACUGUCAGGUUAAAUGAAACCAAGCCACUAACUACCAAGUACAAGAAUCCCGAGAUAAGUUCACCAAACACGACAAAAAUUUCAUUAGUGCCUACUUACUCCGAACCAGAAAAAAAACAUUCUACCCGCAAUGAAAAUUUUACGAAUCAAAUCGAAAUAUUUAAACAAUGUUCAACACGGGCUAAUAUCGAUAAGUUAAAUUUAAAACUCACGGAAACCCACUUAAUGCCUGAUAAGAUAUACACAACAGAUACCAUUAGUCCUUUUGCACCAACCACUCGAGCUUCAAAAGAAAUUAAAUCAAAUUUUUCCUCUACUAAUUUUACUGCCUUAAGCCCUGUUGACCUUUCACCUUACCACCAUAUAAAUUUCCAAAAAUCUUCCUUUUGUUACGAUUUUGAAGCAAAUUUAAGACGGCCUUCUUCAUCGAAAUCAGAUGUAACUUCAAGACCACCUGAUUUAAUUGAUAGUUUUACAAUGUAUCCUAAUUUUGUACCUGAUAUCGAUAUAUCUGAAAAAUAUAUAUCCGAUAUAGAUAGUCCACCGAGAAGUCCAGAUUCUGAUAGUGUCAUAGUAAGUGAAGACGAACCACCGAUCCCACUUAGAAUUGAUAAAUAUUUCGAAAAUAGUCCUGAAUUUUUUGGAGCAAGAUUAACAGAUUCAAAUAACGAUCACAUUCCAAGUCGAAGGCCUACUAAAAGAAAUUCUCGUGUACCUAAAAAGCCAGAUUCGUUAACUCUCAAAACUAACAACAAUGAAAGAAUGGGAAAGAGUGAAGUAGAAAGGGCCUCAUCAUUACCACAACAGCAUACAUUUGUAUGUAAAAAGUCCGUAAGCCCAGAAAAAAAUGAAUCAAAUAUAUCCAAAACUAUCAAAAUAUUAAAAACGCCUACUAAAACAGAAAAACAAUCUCUAACGACACCUCAAAAAGAAACCAUUGUUGACAUUCAAAGUAAAUUGGAUCAACAGAAGACACAAACAAUUACCAGUCCAAAAGAAUACAUUCUACAAUCCGGCCGAAAAAAUAGUGAAAGAGCAUUACAAAUUAUCCAAGAAAAUUCUCAAAUUUUAAGCAGGAUAUUAACAAAACAAAAUGUAUCUAACAAUAGUAUAAGUAACACUUCAAAACAAUUAAAUAAAGAGUUGAAUAGUGAAGAGGAUCACAUGAGAAUAGAUCAAAUCAUAUCAAAGUCAUUAGACUCACCUUUUCUCAAAGAAUCAACUUCAGAUUCUUUAAUAGGCGGUAUCAGAAGAAAACCUAGCAGUGAAAUAGGAGAUAAAAAUGAUUUUAUAAGAGCUCGACCGAUAUCCAUAGAUGAUCCAUUUUCAUUUGAAAUGCGAAAAAAACUAAUUUCGCCAGACGGCACAUUAAAAAAUUUAAAAAGUCCCAGUACGGAUUGCCUGGGUAAUAAAACUGACUUAUAUGGUUGGGAAAACAAAGGAUUUCUAGCAAAAUGUGAAUAUAAAAAUACAAUUAUGGAAUCCGAAGACAAACAAGAUAUUGUUAAGAUGAGAAAGACUAGCGACUCGUCAAUACGGAACCAGACUUUUUCUCAAAAUGAAGUAAAACGUACUCCGGAUUAUAGUCGAUAUUCUUACACAAGUGAUUCUAAAACGUCCAUUACUCAUCAAUCAUCAGAUCUUAAAGAUACAUCCACAUAUGAACGAAGAUUUACUUCUGACGAUUUCAAUUACCCCUUAUCAACUUCCAGUAAAUAUAACGAUUAUAUUUUGUCUAAAGUUAGUGACAUUUGCAGUAAGACUAUAGAUAAGGAGCCAAAAGUUUGUGAAAGAUUAAACACAGAAAGCGUUCAACAAAGUGAUUUCUCACAAAAAGUUACUUCAUCUAUAAGUUUUACGUAUGAACCUUCAAUGGAAGACGAUUCGCCGAUGGGUGCAAAAAGCAAUUCAAGUGACACACUAUGUCAAAUACAAUCAUUAGAUCAGGUUUCUACGCCUAUAUCACCAAAAAUAUUUCCAAAUAGGGAUACAUUAUCUUUUCCUAAGGAUUUUGCAGAAAAAUGUGAUAAAUCAAGAUUGGAAUCGGACGAUACGUGUAGUGCAAUAACUUCGAUGCUAGAAACUGAUACAUUAUCAUCAUUAUCAUACCCUCGCAGCCCGUCAUCUAAUUCUUACUACCCAUUUCCGACGCGACCUGCACUUCGUACGCCAAAAGACUUCAGUGUGAAGUUGGGACUGUAUCCUAAAGAAACAAUUAGCUCUCCACCAAAAUAAUUUCAAUAAAAUAGUUUGUAAAUAAGUAAUAUAUAACUGUGAACUUUUCUAACUUUUUACAUGUUUUGAAUUAUUUAUUAUAGCUAUGCGUGGUUUCUUGUUGUGUAAAACUUUUUAUGUUACGUUUGUUAUAAAAUGUUUUCCCAGAAAUAAUUUGUAUGCAAUAUUUUAUGAGAAAAUCUGAGCUGUAAUAAUUUAAAGUGAACUGACUACUACUGGCAAAUGCAUAUACUAGUAACUGUUAAUGAAAGCAAUAAUCUCCUUUAGUUUUAUCUUAUGUGAAUACUAAAAGAUUAAGGUGGCUAACUGCCAUUAUUUACGUAGCCAAAUAUGAGUAUUUUUAAACAAAAAUAAAAACUAUAAUAUUUCAAAUUAAUUAAGGAUGAAGUAGAAAUAAAAGUAACAAGUUGCCUUGAAUUCAAUAUUAUGUUAUAA